AUGAUCAAUUCAGUCAACUCCUUCCAGGACAACUUUGAAGAAGGAUUUUUAGAUGAAGCUUUUCAGAGCCUUGUUCUAACAGGAACCAGCUUUGAACAUUUUGAAGGCUGCAAUAAGGCAUUUUCCCGUCUGGAGAACCUGAAGAUCCACCUACGCAGCCACACCGGAGAGAAACCCUACAUUUGCCAGCAUCCCGGCUGUCUCAAGGCCUUCAGCAACUCCAGUGAUCGAGCCAAACACCAGCGCACACACCUGGACACGAAACCGUAUGCAUGUCAGCUCCCAGGGUGCACCAAACGUUACACCGACCCCAGCUCAUUGCGCAAGCACGUCAAGGUCCACUCCAGUAAAGCCCUGCAGGCACAGGACAAGGUCCAGCUACACAAUAAGGUGGAGCAGGAAGUUGUGGAUGUGUGCCUUGACUUGCAGCAUCUCCAAGGCUCUGCUCCUUCAAUACAGAGUCCAGACCAUAGGCGUCCUGCCUCCCUCAGUGAGAUUCAUCAGGAGGGUUUUACUGCACAGCCGAUGCGAUGGGAGCAAAUCGUCCCUGCCCUGAGAACGAAGACAUGA